CAAAGAGGAAGCAAAUCUUUGCUUUGAAUGGAAGAAUGAGGAAAAGUGUGGACUUUGUCUAUCUUUUUUGGGAAAAAAUGAGGGGUAUAAUGGACAAAUCAGAUCAUAAACGAUGCAAUUCUUCAAUCACAAACAAUAUAUUUUAAUCCCCAAGAGUAUAUUUAGAAAAGGAUGGGACCUACGAGUCCUUAUCCUAAAAUUAGAGUACCUCGCAAUCCGAUCUGGACAAACCCCCAGUGGCAGUGGCACAGACGCGCAUCUUAUUCAUUUUCUCGGAAUUUCUGAAGCGAUUGAUUGGUUCAUACCCGGCUUCUCUAUCACGCAAAUCUCGGAAUCUCUGCUCUUUGAGAAACUUCAAUCGCCCAAUCGUCUAAAGUUUCGAUCUUCUCCGCAUGUUUCUGUGAAAUUCCAGCGCUACUUGAUCUUCGCUGGAGAAGGGAGAGGAUGUCAACACCGGCCAAGAAAAGGUUGAUGAGGGACUUCAAGCGGUUGCAACAGGAUCCUCCUGCUGGCAUCAGCGGUGCCCCAUGUGACCACAACAUAAUGUUUUGGAAUGCUGUUAUUUUUGGUCCGGAUGACACUCCGUGGGAUGGAGGUACGUUUAAGUUGACACUUCAGUUCACAGAGGAUUACCCAAAUAAGCCACCAACCGUUCGAUUUAUUUCUCGAAUGUUCCAUCCUAACAUUUAUGCUGAUGGAAGCAUUUGCUUGGAUAUCCUGCAAAACCAAUGGAGUCCUAUUUAUGAUGUCGCAGCCAUACUUACCUCAAUCCAGUCAUUGCUCUGUGACCCAAAUCCCAACUCACCUGCCAACUCCGAAGCUGCACGGCUUUUCAGCGAGAACAAGCGCGAAUACAAUAGGAAGGUGCGCGAGAUUGUUGAGCAAAGCUGGACCGCAGACUAAACGCCUGAUGCCACUCAGAGUCAGACCAACCUUAUCUGAUUCUCUUUUGGUCUGUUAAACUCAAGUGUUGUUUGCUUCAUCAUCUAAAACACACAAAUCAUCCUUCCAAAUGCUUUUAGGGACCAUGAUUUGUCUUUUAUCUCAAGACUUGGCUGCUUAUAUAUGCGACCCUUUUGAAUGUACAUAAGAUUUCUUGAAUCAAGGUCUGUUGAACUUUGUGAACCUUCUCCAAGAACCUCUUGACGGCUCUCUGGUCAGUUUGGGUUCGUUUUUCAAGUUUUGGAUGUCCAAAAGUACUCUUUAGUGAAUCAAGAUGGGUCAUGCUAUAGUUUAGUCACGGUUUCAUGGGUGAUACUAAGACCAUAGGGUGUGGGAUCCCGUGAUGGCCACGUGGGACGCAUGGAUGGGGAACGCCGCCCUCUCACCUAUGGCUGUGAUAGGUGUGGACCCCCUUCGACUCGUCUCUUUCUCCUUUUUUUUCUUUUUUGUUUGAAAUCAAUGACAUGUUUUAAUUUAUGCACUUUUAUUUUUAUGAUCUAAUUUCAUAUUUAAUCUCGAUGAUGAAUAUUUUUUUAAAUGAACUUUUAAAUUUUUUGUAUGCACUUUUAAAUUUGAGUAUCUGCCUUUUUAAUCAUACUUUCUAGUUUAGAUAUUCUUGAUUAAAAUAGAUAAAACUUUUCAUAUGUUUUAUAUAUGUCUUCUCACAUAUAUUUUCUGUCAAACAACCAAAGUUCAAGCUUAUGAUUGUAGUUUUGGAAAUGUUUUUUAUAUUUUAACACAUCCCUCAGACCAUCUCCAAUGAGAUGCUCACAAGAGAUGCUAGGAGGAGAGAGAGUGAGAUGUUGAUGGAUGCUAUUGUUGUAGGUGGGUGUUCAUUAUAGAUGCCCAAGGAAGAAAAAGAGAGGGGGAUG